GACCGUGAGCCUGGUAUGAAGUGACGCUCAUAAACUACGUUCAAUGUUUCACAAAAUGCGUCGUAGCUGAGUUGGUUUGUUUGUUUUCGAAGGAGAAGUGGAUAAGUCGUUUCAUCAUGGAUUCAAAGAGACUCGUCUGUGAUCGGAUAUCUUUUGUCCUGCUCAUUUUGGGGAAUAUUGCAACAGCUCUCUCUGGCCAAAAUCUUGACUGUACCAACGACUACGAGUCAAUGACCUGCCACUUUGAAGCGCAAAACUGCACUGGAUACAAAUUGACUUUCCGGAGCAACGAGGAUAAGGAUGAAUGUACUUUCAAACAGUGUGACGUCGGACAGUGUUGUUGCUCUGCUGAGCAAAUGAUACUUAUCUGGAGGGAGACUCAUAAUGCCACAGUUUGGAAAGGAGACAACAGCAUAGUGUCCAAAACAAUCAGCGUCAACGACAGCUUUAAGCCUAAAACCCCCAAAAUCGUCUCGGUGAAUGAAACAAAUGGAAAUUUUCAAGUCAAGUGGAAAACAAAUAUGGAAGGCUUUAUCAGUGAAUACUUGCGCGCUGAAGUGACUUACCAUAAAAAAGGAGACUCAAAAGAGGUAUCUCCGAUUUUCACACCAACUACACUUGAUGGACUGUAUUCCUAUGAAAUACUUGGUCGAAACUUGCAGCCAAGCACAACAUAUGCUGUCAGCGUGAAAAGCUACACAUACAUUAGUGACACGUACAGUGACAGCAGCGAAGAGUGGGAAUUCACAACCCCUAUGUCCACUGGAAUCCUGACUUUGGCAAUCAUCAUUAGCCUCAGUUUUGCUGCAGUCAUCAUCACCGGUGCUACAUAUGUCUGUUAUGUAAAGCUCAAAACAAAGUGGUGGGACACAGUGGCCAAAUGUCCAAAUCCCAAACUUGGUGUUAUUUAUCCAAGCGAGCAAAGGUUCUUGAAGCCUGUAACAACCGACUACUCCAUUGCCUGUGUUGAGCCCCUUGAUCCAGAUGACAGAGAACCAUGGUUGAAGGGAUCGCUGAAAGACACUAGCAGUGGGAGCCCUCAGCAAAGCAGUGGAUUCAGUAUCGGCUCUUCUUGUCUCAGUUAUGCUAAUACAGAACCUGUUGACAUCAAAGCCUGUGUUCAGGAUGCCCUUAAUAAAGCUUUUGCCAAUAUCAUCCCGUUAUCACCUUUGACCACCGAAGAAUCAAACACAGACAGUGGUUUGCUCUCCUCUCCCUAUAACCCUUGUGACCUCCAAGCUGGUGACAUGAGUUGUGGGUCAUCCGACUUUGACAACAAAACCUAUUCCAUCUUCAUUCCCACCUGCCUGAAUCAGAUUCCGCUGGACAGCUCUGAGGUCCAGACCCCGGCUAAAAUGAUUUGUGACCCUGCAUACCGUCCUAGUGCAGGCGACAUUGUGACCUGUGUUGACCCACAGGCACCAGCUUUUCCGCUUGUUACUUCACCACCAGGGGUCCUGUCUCUUAUGCCAACAGACAUGUCAUAUCAGCAGUGCAAUGGAGAUUCUGGAGGAUUUUCCCUUGCAGAAGAUUCCAGUUUGUCCUCCAUCUCUAGUGGCACCAACACAACUGGGUCAUUUGAUCCUGUGUCCAGAGUAGAGGCCAGGUGUGAGAGCUCUGAGGAAGACGUUUGUGCUGCGACAAAGCAACAUGGAAAAACUGAAAGGGCAGCUAUUUGUGAUGAAAACCCCAGCCACGGCUGUGUGCCUGCAGGCUCACACAGCUUUCCUUCAGUGGAAGACGACUACCAGUCAUUUCAGAAUCUGGUGGAGCAGCCUGAAAUUUUGUUUUCCAAGGAGAGAAGUGAUGGGAAAGAGGAACAUUUGAACAGAUAUCCAGAGGAAUUAUUGACCAAAAUGCCUCAAAGCUUCUUAAGCCCAGUUGUCCCGGAGUUCAUUAACAAUGUCCAGGGAGUCCAGUGUCUCCCUGAGCUCCAAAGACCUUUUCUCUGUUUGAUCCCUGCUGACCAGUCUAUGCCAUUAAUCCCAGACAGCGGCUAUCAGAGUUUGUAGGGCUGAAUGUGUGUGCAUUCCUUUUUGUUUGCGUAAUAUGUGCCUUUUUUUAAUUGCUGCGAAACAUUUCUGAGAAAUUUACAAGAUGAGAGUGAGCGAGAGGCGGAUGUAACAGACUGUGAUGGUGUUCCUAAUCUUUUAAUCAUACCUUUGUCAUACCUUUGACAUGGAUAUCAGCAGAUGAAGAUCAUGUGAUACGACAAAAGCUCCGGAACAGUUAAUAAAUUGACUUUAAGUGUUUCACAGAUAUUUUUUGUUAGCGUUUCACCUUAACAACAGUUGGUUUGAUUUGUGAAUACGUUGCAACCGUGUAUGACUGCCUUUGAUGUGAAAAAUGUUUGCAUAUAGUUUGUACAUAGAAACAUUCAUGUAAAAUAUAUGUCAUAAACAGAAUGCACUUGUGUUGAGUUUUAGGCGUGUGCUUGCUAGCGGCUACAAUCAGCCCUCAUAUCCGUAACUCACAGGUCAUAUUCAACGAUGUGAUGUUUUAGGUCAAACGUAUUCCCUAAAUGUUGUAUAAAGCAUUAAGGACUGUGUCACUGUAAAGCAUGUCUGACUAUCCAGUUUUUGCUCUAGUAUUAAAGAGAGUUCAUGUGAGGUGACAUAAGGGUCAUUUCUGGAAGAUUAUUUCAAUCUCUCUCUGAGCUUAAUCUGAUUAGGGGAGUCAUCAUAAUAAAAGGGGAAUAGGUGAUAUGUAAUAUACUACUGAUUGUAAGUCGCUUUGGAUAAAAGCGUCUGCUAAAUGACCGUAAUGUAAUGUAAUGUACCCAAUUUGGCCAUAAACACUGAGCCUUUUAAGGAACAAUACAUUCAAACGUCUGAAACCAGACAGCUGCAUAAUGAGCUUGCUAUUCAGGAUUGUGAAAUUACUUCCUCAUAGCUCUUCUCUGGAACUGCUGAGCCACUUCCAAAGAAACUCACAUCACUACACGCUACAUUCGUCACAACAAAGAGCUGAAGACAUACAUUUAUUUCAAAUUAAUUCACUAUAUGCAAAGAAAUGGUGGUAUUUUUUUGUUUUUAAUCAGCACUAGAUCUUUUUAGUGAAACACAGGUGACU